AUACACAGUGAUGUUCAUCGUGUGGUUUAGUUUUCGUUGAGAUUUCGACACAAACGGUCCUAUCUUUUAUAGAAACGAUUUUCGAGCGAGGGCUAUCAAGUUUGACUCGAUUAAAAAAAUUAUCGUCGUUUGUCGUACACUGUUUUUAUUUUUGUUUGGUUUUUUCGUUUGUUGCGCGCGCCGUUAGUUAAUAUUUUCUUCGCUAGCGGUAAUCUGUGUUUAGCAGUUAACGUGUGACAUAUUCACAUUUUAUUCGGUGAUUGCGAUUUUUUGUCUCUGUAUAUCUUCGUGCGAUGACAUAUUAAAAUAACAAACAACAACCGCAAAAUAAAACGACAGUGCAAAUAUUGUGCAAACAAUUCAGAAGUUUAUACAUGUGCGUAAUUGAAGAACAAUCUGCAAUGAAUCGUUUCAUGCAAUUAAGUUUUUAAUUGAUUUAAAAUUGAUGGUGAUUGAAAAAAAUAAAUAAAGCGUUUUUAACAGCGUUUACAUCGAAUUCGAAUUGAUUUCGAAGAAGAACCAAAAAUACAAAUAGAUAUUUAUAAAUCGAAAUCAUUUUAAUUGGAAUAGUGUAAAGUUAAUCGCACAAAAUAUACAACCUGACUUCUUUGAAACAAGGGAAAAUGAUUCCACCAACACCCACGACAUUAACCACAAUGCCGGGAUCAAAAGCAAAAAUUGGUUUUAGCAUUGAUUCAAUUGUUGGCGAAGAAGUGUCAAAAUCAUCAACAACAGCAACAACAAAAGAUCGAAAUGAUAAAUAUGUAAAUGAUUAUCAAACGGAAAUUGCGCGUGCAUUACGUUUAUCAUCAUCCGAUUCAUUCAGUGUGGAUGGACAUACAAAACUUCGUCCGGAAUUAAAUGGAACCACAAAAGAUGCACGCCAUUUAUUUGGCUAUUCAAUGAAACGUGAAUCAUCUGUGAGCCCAUCAGCACCACCGUAUCAAAUGCAAACGACAUUGCCGUCGGAUGAGAGUUUACUGCGAAAAUCGCGUUCACCGUCGCCAAAUCAAACGGCUAGUGCUUUAACGAAUAACAAUAACACAAACAGCGCAAAUAAUAAUAACAACAACAGCAACAAUAAUAAUUUACAUACUAGUGGUAGUAAUUCAAAUAAUAAUGAGCCGCCGGUAGUUCCUCCAUUAGCAUUUACGAAUGGUUUGCAUCCGAGUGGACCAAUCCGACCAAUGCCAAUAGUUCCGCCAACGAAUUUGGUGGAGACAAAAAAUUUGCCACCUUCUUAUUUGGGACUAGGCUCAGCGGCUGCAGCAGCGCAUGCACCACAUCUACUGCAAAUUCAAAUGGCUGCAAUGUUGGCACAACGACAGGCGGCCGAACAAGGAUUUGCACAAACCGCACCAUUUCGACAUGCACCACCACCACAAGGCUAUCCACUAUAUCCAUGGGUAUUCAGUCGGCACGGACGCGUGUUUCCACACUUUCCAGGCAACUUUUUAUUGCAUCCAUUUCGAAAGCCGAAACGCGUGCGAACCGCUUUUUCGCCGGGUCAAUUAUUAAAACUGGAACAUGCAUUCGAAAGCAAUCAAUAUGUAGUUGGCGCUGAACGAAAAGCAUUGGCUCAAGCAUUGAAUUUGUCUGAGACACAGGUUAAAGUGUGGUUUCAAAAUCGCCGUACAAAACACAAGCGCAUGCAACAAGAAGAUGACACCAAGGGUGAAGGUAGCAAUCAUUCAAAUAAUCUUGAAGGAAGCUACGACGAUGAAGAAGAAAUGAUCGAUAUGGAGAUGGAUGAUUGUUCCAGCGAUGAUGAACAUGGUGUUCAACAUUAACCUGGCACGAUGAACAGAAGAAAAUAUUAGUUUUGCAAAAUAAUUGAGUGAUUCGCCGCAUUCACAGUUGGAAAUGCAUAUCAAAUAUUGUAUAUCUUCGAUAUGAACAAAACAAAAACUCAGAAUGCAGUGGAAGCAACGAAACGGAUUUCUUUUUUAUGGAAAUUUUCGUUUUGUCUAUUUUUAUUUGAUUUUAUAUAUUUUUGGCGAAUUGUAUUGAUUCACUCACGCCAAUAUGUGUUGUCAUCAUCCAGAGUGUACAAUGGUAUGUGCAUUUUAUUUGGUUAUAUGAAUAACUGUGCCAAAUAUUAACUAUUUAAUGAAUAUGGAAAAUACACUAUUUUCCCAGUGAUUGAAUAAGAGAAAAUAGAACAGAGUAAAUUUAAAUGGAAGGUACUCGAUAGAGUUGUAUAUUAUGAUUUUCAAGAUGUCACUGUACGUAUUUCAAUGUUUUGUUUUCGAAACGAAAUGGUCGAUGAAAAACGAUUUAUUUGCAAUGUUUUUUUUUUUGUUGCAUCAGAACAUAGAUCCAUUUCGAUUACAUAAUCCAGUUUUUAUGCAAUGACUUUAAAAAUCGAUCACAUUAAACGAAUUUGAAUGAAAUCGACAGUUUAUUUUUAUGUUCAAAAUUUAAAUGCAAACCGAACUUUAUUGGAACAGUUAAAAACCACAAAAAUAUAUAUAAUUUGAAAAAUCUCAUUGCAAAUGAAUGUUAAAAGCGCCUGCGGUGCUCCAUUCUCUGUUUCAAAUAUAAUGCACAUUUUUACAGGACAUCACUUUGGUUUUCCAAACAGAACAGUAUUCAACGAAAUAUACUCUCUCUUUUAAGUUAUUGGGCGUUUGAAGUUUGAAAUUUAUCGUAAAUGAUACAUCCCUAUGUAAAUAGUAUCAUAUUUCUCAUCCAUGCAGUGAAACAAACGAAUGAAGAGACAUUUUAAUGUUCAUGAGAGCGCAUUUAAUUAAAAUUGAUUCCAUCUUUAUAAAGGAAUGAGAGAGAGAGAGAGAAAGCAAAAGAAAAAAAAAACAUUUUGUCGAAUUUGCAAAGGCUUAAUAUUUUUAAAUGCUAGCUGUAGUAUUCAAUAAAUAAAUUUCGUAAGGAAAACAAAUAAAAACAUACAAAAAUUCAUAUUUUGAUCAAAUAGAAUAUUAUUAGAUAUUAACUAAAUAUUGACAAUGAAAAAAACAACUAUAAACUACAAUGAUAUCUGUUCAGUUAAGCAAGGUAGCCGUACGUGAAACGAAUAAAAAAACAAUAACUAAAUGCAUAGAAUUAGUUUAUCUCUGAAAUAUAUUUAUACCCCUAUAUAAGAACAGAAACAUUUAAAUAAGACGUACACAUUUUCGUAGUAAGUUGAAUUUAUUGUAAUUUAAAGAAGAAAAGAAUGAAAGAAAGAUUUAAACACAAAAUGAAGAAAAAUAAAUUGAGAACUAUACUAAAUCACACUCUGAUUUCGAUUUUUCCACACCCACAUAUUUAUUACGUAAACACAGCAAUGUUUUCUUCCGAACCAUGACAUACAGUUUUUUUUUAAAAUUAAAAACGAAGAAAAUGAAAAAAAAUUACUUUGAAGAAAUUGAUCUUAGUUGUACAAUUUAGUAGUUUAAAAAUUAUUGAAUACAUUUUUGUAAACAUAUUAACUGUUUAAAAACAUCUACCAACAAAAAACAACAGCAACAAAAAACCAAGUAAACACAUUAUUGAAACUAUAAAAAUAAAACACAAAUGGACUGUUAUAUGUAUGAGUGCAGAAGAAGUAAAAUGGAAAAAGAUCCAACCAAACAAAGAGAAAUAUCAAUAAAUG